UGCUUAAGCUGUCUUUUGCAGUUUGAGCAGGUGGAAGAGAUAGGCCUACAUUCAGUUGCUUGAGCAGAACGUCCCAGUUCCCGAACAUUCAAUUUCCCGACAAUUCCAUGGAGCGCCCAGACAGGAGACUCGUCUAUUGCCUCCGGUGCAAAAGGGGGUACGGUGCACUGUCGGCCCACCUGAGGAGGGUGUGCAUGAAGGACGACACGGCGGAAGAAUGCAAUGCGGAAUUGCAGCGUGCCAAAGAGUCCCAGAGAGAGUGGGCCAGGGUUGGUAGACGCUGGGAAUACCGUGAACUAUCAGCCAUGGUUCCGGAUGAAGCGUCUCGCCGCUCACUGGUCGACCGCCUGGAAAACAAAGGAUUCUUUGUCGUCGGUGAACCGUUGCGCCCCGCGCAUUGUGCAGUGCCCAGCUCUCAGGAGACGGGGCACAGGCCUGAGCACCGGCGUCUGCUGGAGAUGGCGGAGGGUCGGACGGAGGAAGCUUGCCAUGGGCUCCUGACGGGAGAACGGUUGCCGCAUCAGCAGAUGACGAUGUUUCGCUACUUUUGUAUGGCCACCCUGACGGUCACGCACCGUGUACCGGAAGAGACGGUGGUGGACUUCAAGGUGACUGAGUGGAAUGACAGGCAGGUGAGCGCCGGUGUCGGGGCGACCAUCUGCUUCGGAGACGGCGGGGACAGAGCCUUUAUCAGUGUGGACGAGGAGAGGUGGUUAGGUGCCUACUUCACGGUCAUCAGGCCGCUCUACCUUUCGUGGCAAGGGGAAGCGGAGGCCGACGAGGGCUGCUUCUUCCUGGGGACCACAGGACAUCCCGUGGCCAAUCCCAGGUCCGAUUUGUGCCGUCUCUGGAGGCGCUGUCGGAAGAUCUGCGAGGCAGCGGGCCCGAAUCCGCCGCCCCUUACGGCAGAGGCCGCUGGGACGUCUUCCCGGGACGAGAGUUCUGUGUCGGGGAAGGGGUCGCGUGACAGCCGAUGGGACGCUUUCGUCAGUGAAUUCCCCGUGACGAUGGGUGCCCUCGCGCCCUCCAAAGAGGACCUCGUCGGUGCCGGGUUUGACGAUGAAAGGACGGCCUACUUCAAAUGGAGGCGCAUCCAGUUGGAACAGCGUGUGCGACACGUCGCCGAUUCCUCUGGCAGGCAGCGACCGACGGAGGCCAAGGUGGCAGCCGUCGUAGCCAGGGAGAAUUGGAAAACCAAUGUCCCCUCCCUCCCGGAUGUGUUCAAGGCGUGGGUCUCCCCUUUGAAGGCAGCCAUCGAGGACGACGAAGGCGUCCUCAAGUCGGUGGUGGAGCAACGGUGGAAGGGGAUAGAUUUCAAGGACUAUGGAGAACACAAGGGCAGAGGCGUCAUCGCCACCAUGCCGUUCCCCAAGGGGCACGUGAUAUGCGACUAUCACGGGAAGCUCAUCCCUGAAUCCGAGGGGAAGAGGCUGAUGGAUGCAAUUGCAGGAGGGAGUGAUGAGCUACCUCUUUUUCAUCAGGGGCAGGCUAGGCACCAAGCUGUGCGUCGACUCCCAGAACUUCCCUGCGAGUGCCACCCUGGAAAGGACACCUUUGGGAGGCGCAUGAACCACUCGGGCAAGGGCGGCCAACUUCUGUGUCAGGGGAAGGGGUCGCGUGACAGCCGAUGGACGCUUUCGUCAGUGAAUUCCCGUGACGAUGGUGCCCUCGCGCCCUCCAAAGAGGACCUCGUCGGUGCCGGGUUUGGCGAUGAACGGACGGCCCUACUUCAAAAUGGAGGCGCAUCCAGUUGGAACAGCGUGUGCGACAACGUCGCCGAUUCCUCUGGCAGGCAGCGACCGACGGAGGCCAAGGUGGCUGCCGUCGUAGCCAAGGAGAAAUGGAAAACCAAUGUCCCCUCCCGCCCGGAUGCGCUCAAGGCGUGGGUCUCCCCGUUGAAGGCAGCCAUCGAGGACGACGAAGGCGUCCUCAAGUCGGUGGUGGAGCAACGGUGGAAGGGGAUAGAUUUCAAGGACUAUGGAGAACACAAGGGACAGAGGUGA